UUUCCAUCAUCACUCUCCACUCUCCAGACCUUCACUUUCUCUUCUCUCCUAGCCUUUCUAAUUUUCUCAGACACUGAGUAGUCAUCAUGGGUAGCUCCGGAGCUGUGAAGCUAGCUUGUGUGAUGGUGAUAUGCAUGGUGGUGGCGGCACCGGCGGCGGUGGAAGCAGCCAUAACAUGUGGUCAGGUGGCAUCUGCCUUGACCCCGUGCGUUGGCUACUUGCAGAAAGGUGGUGCAGUGCCAGCUGGGUGCUGCAGCGGGAUUAAGAGCCUCAACAGCGCGGCUCAGACCACAGCUGAUCGCCAGGCCGCUUGUAAGUGCUUGAAAAGCUUUUCUAGUUCCAUCUCUGGCAUCAAUUUCGGUCUUGCAAGUGGGCUUCCGGGCAAGUGUGGUGUCAGCGUUCCUUACAAGAUCAGCCCCUCCACUGACUGCUCCAAGGUGACUUGAAGCAAAAGGUGGAGGAGUAGGAUGAGCUACGGUAGCAACUAGCAUAAGAAUAAAGAAGUGGAGGGUAGAGGCUCCACUUGGACCACUCAGCCUUUAGUAUUAGUAGUACUAGUACUGGUGUCAUAUUCCUCUCUGUGCUUGUAUGACAUCUACUGGAGCGGUUGCAUACUUGCAUGUAAUAAAUAUCCCUGCUGGUUGCUGGACCCUAUCAUAUUAUAUAACUUUUACUCUCUC